UAGGAGGUCAAUCUAGCCAGCCCGAGUUUUACUCAAAAAAAAAAAAUAAUAAUAAAGUAAAGAAAGAAAAAUGCUGAACUGACAUCCUAACAUUAAACAACAAGGGGGGCUUACACUUACAUUAAUUACGCUCUAAGUUUUCUUCCUUAAGUAAAGACCCAAUGUUCUAAGCUCCAAAGUCUCUUCUUUCGGGCUAACCUUCCCCCUAGAAACCUACUUGGGAAGACCCUAAAGAGAGGCACAACCCCAAACCAAAGACCACCUUAAGACAUCUGUCUGGUUUCUUUUGAUUUUCUUCAAAUCUCAUUUCUUCCUAAAAGAUAAUUAAGCCAGUUUUUGUAUGUCUUUCUUUCCACAUAAUGUCAAGAUCUUGUUGUAUUCAAACCUUAUCGAUCAUAUUAUCAUUAUGUACUAUCUUUCUAGCUACAACAACAACAAGUAGUAAUGCAUUAGCUUCAAGAAGAUUUAUCAACAAAAUCCACAAAUUCAGAGAAGCCCCUCAGUUUUACAAUUCUCCGACCUGCCCACAACUCAACUAUAGUAGCAGCUCCGGCGGCGGGGAGGAGGAUGACGUGGUUAAUAACACGUGCACCACCGGGGACGCGGCGGUCCACGUGGCAAUGACACUGGAUUCGGCCUAUCUCCGGGGAUCAAUGGCGGUAAUCCUUUCUGUACUUCAACAUACUUCUUGUCCGGAAAAUGUGAUUUUCCAUUUCGUUGCGACUUCUUCACCGGAAAAUAUCAACCGGCUACAUCACACCAUUGCGAAAUCUUUCCCUUAUCUUCAGUUUGCUAUCUACCCUUUCAAUGAUUCCGGGGUGGCCGGGCUGAUAUCCACCUCGAUCCGGGCAGCCCUGGACUGCCCGUUAAACUACGCGCGGAACUAUCUCGCAGAUCUUCUCCCUAAAUGCGUCGAAAAAGUCGUCUACUUGGACUCGGAUUUAGUCCUGGUUGAUGACAUUGCGAAACUUGCGGAAACUCCGCUUGGAAACGAUGCCGUACUCGCCGCGCCGGAAUAUUGCAACGCCAACUUCACCACUUACUUCACGCCGACAUUCUGGUCCAGCCCUUCGCUUUCGCUAACGUUUGCGAAUCGGAAGCCGUGUUACUUCAACACGGGAGUUAUGGUGAUCGAUCUCGUGAGGUGGAGAGCGGGAGAUUAUACGACCAAGAUUGUGGAGUGGAUGGAGCUUCAGAAGAGGAUGAGGAUAUACGAGUUGGGUUCUUUGCCGCCUUUCUUGCUUGUGUUUGCCGGAAACAUAGCUCCGGUGGAUCACCGGUGGAAUCAACACGGCCUUGGUGGAGAUAAUUUUAGGGGUCUUUGCCGGAAUCUACAUCCGGGUCCCGUGAGUCUUUUGCAUUGGAGUGGGAAAGGAAAGCCUUGGGUCCGGCUGGAUGCCAACCGGCCUUGUCCAUUGGAUGCAUUAUGGGCACCUUAUGAUCUCUUGCAAACUCCCUUCAUUCUUGAUUCUUGAGGUGUUUAAAAUGCAUGGAUGAUUAUGGAAUCACGAAAGAAGGAAGAGAUCUGUUGGGUUGAGAUCCUCCUCUCUCCAAUGUGUAUAAGAGUUUUUGCAAGGUACUAGCUCGAAGCUGAAGAUAGUACUGAUUGUUUGUAGAUUAUAGUAGAUAAAGUUUUUUUUUUUCAUUAUUAUUAGAUAUUUGAUUACAGCUGAUAUACUUUUACAGUUUUGACAAUGUAAUACAUCCCUGGAUACACUGUUUUUAACUACAUAGUUACUAUAGUUGAGGAAAAGAAGAAAGAAAGAAGGCAAAAACCAUAAUAAAGGAGAACGAUAUACAUUUCAAUAUCUAUAGACUAUAGUUCUUUGCUGCACACUUUUCUGUUAUGGUGUCCCUGAUUUUUAAUUUUUCUAUUUUUUUACACAAGUAUGUUCCAUCCUGAAAUCAUAGUCAACAAAUAUGGCUUUUUUUUUUUCCGGGAGCAUAGGAAGUAUAGACAUAUGCUUUACAUUCGUUUUGUUGUGAAAAUGCAAAGUCAGUUCUCGACAAUGGGGAUUGUCAAUUACUUAAUGUAAGCAUAAAUAUUCCAAGUAACAAAUCUGUAAUGAUCUGCUAAGCUGUUGGCAAUAAUAAUAAGAGAUCUUUCAACACGUUAGAGUGGGGCAAAAAAUCAGUUCAUAAUCAAUUUGACCAAUUUUUUUCUAACUUAGGGGUAUAAAUAUAUCCAUUGAUCUUGUUGAAUUGCAUGUCUAUAGAGAGUUAAGUACUCAUAACUAUUCUUGUAACGAUUUCUUUUGGAAAUAUAAAUGAACACAUAUGUAUUUAGAUUAUCUUUUCCGAAUGCUAG